CUUUAUUUUGUAUAUAAAUUGAUUAUGGUAACUCACUUAAUCAAAAACAAAGUAACACCCAUUUUGCUGUGUUUUGGGUGAGAAAGGAAAAAGUGUCAGUGUGUAGUUUGUAGGAGAGAGAUGCAAUGAGAGAGAGAGAGAGAGAGAGAAGCGGUAACUGACCAUACUUCUCUGUUCAACUUCCUUGUGUGUGAGGAGUGAGGCCGAUGCAUCUUAAACAGUCGACCACAGACACUCCACAAACACAUUUAAUAUGAUGAACUAAGAAAACAGCUCAAUGGCCUCUCAACGUCAAUGCCACGUGAACAUAAACAUGAUUUCUAUGAUCAUCAUUAGAUACCAGAAAUGUCAUGUAUACAGCCAAAGCGAGAAAGCAAACAAAUAUUGUUAACAGCUUCUACAUUUACUAGACUGUAGGUGUCCUCAUAUAAAGACUUUUUAUCUUUCUUUUUACCACCUCACAAACUCUUUAAUCCACCUAAGCUCAUGAUGCUUCUCUAAAUCCAUGCAAUCUGUUGAGUGUCUAUACUUAACAGCCCUACUCAACAAAUCUGGGUCAGUAUAUUGUCCAGUGAAGCUCCGACGUGGCCACUUGUGCCGGACAAAGAACUUAAAUUCGACUGAGCAAAUGGAAGUCCAAGACCAGAUCGAGAGCGACUGGAGCCGACAUUUUUCCGGAAAGCCACUUGCAGAAUUGAAUACAAGUUCACGUUCAUACUGCAGCGCCUGGAUGGACACUGAACCCGCAAUGUUUAAAACCUCUAACAGUCGGUCAUUUGCCAUGGAUGCCAGGAUAAGACUAGAUCAUCUGAAGUCAGGGUGUAAGUCACCCUCAGCUUGCUGUGCCAUGGAUGGAACAUUGUUCAACUACAACUGUGAGAGAGAUGUUUGGGAGAGUGAGCCAAAAGAAGAAGAGUCUGUCUUGGACUCAGUGGAGCUCCUUGACGUAGAUGAUGGUGAGCAGGAUGAAGAGAGCUGGUUAUAUGAAUCCCCAAAAAAGCCGGUGGAGAAAACCGAGUCUGCUCUCCGAUGGUGUCGUCAUGUCCUGGAUAACCACAGUCCUGAGAUGGAGGCGGCGUGUCGUCAGCUGACAAACAGUCUGGAUCAAAGAUCAAGCAGUCACUUCAACCGACGUCCUCCAGUUUUUCAGCAUCCUGUGAUUGUAGGACCUUCAGUGGACAAAUCAUCAGUAAACAUGAUGCAGAAUCCUUCCGACAGUUUUGGCGACAGUGAGCUGGGCAUCACUCAUGAAGCCAUAAACACAGACUACAGACUGGAGGAUAUCACAGAUGUCUGCAUUAUGGCUCGUAUUCAGGAGGCCAGUUUACGACAAGACUACAUGUCUACGCCUGCUGCCGUUUCUUCCCAGAGAGGCGCCAAGUCGCCCUCUCAUUGUAACACUCUACAAAAAUCUGAUGACCUCAUUGCAGGAAAUAAAACCGAGGCUUCAUCUCCCUCUCACUGGCAGCAGCGUUUCCCGUCACCGAGCUCGUCACCGAGCUCUCGCUCUUGUCAGUCACCAACACCAGUGACUAAGCAGAGCUGCCAAAGUCCAAACCUGGCCAGGCUUCGCCAGCAGGUCACUCAGUUCAAGCUGCUUAAACUCGCCCAGAGCCGAGCAACAUCAUCAGUCAGGACCAGUUCGCCUGCGCGGACCAGCCUCCGCUCGCUCCAGGCUGUUCGGAACGGACGAAGCUUAGACACUGACGACUGCCUCCCUGCUGAUCCAGUCACUCCCUCUGCAUCAGUUUUGUCAGGUGCUUCAUCUACCAGGAUUGGGUCGAGUUGCUGGUCUCCAUCACUUUCUGCAGCAUCCAUGAACUCCUCAGUGUGGAUGGCAGCCAUGAAGACCCCACCGAGGUGUCAGUCUCUCAGCCCCUGCAGGAUCACUCAGUCUGCUAAAGGAUACCUGUCCCGUCAUGGACGUGUCUUUGCUUCACCUGAGAGGUCGACUCCUGUAGCUUGGGCCAGAAAUUGUCCAUCUACUCAAUGAUAAAAGACCUCACCAGUGGAGUCCUCAUGCUUACAGGAACCAGCCUGAGACAUGUACGAUUCCCCUCACUGGAAAAAAACAAAGGCAGCCAGCAGGGGACAUUAUGGAAAAACAAUUUCACCUGAUAAAAAGGUGCAUGUCUUAAGAUUCAAUUGCCACUUUUACAUACAUUUGGACAGCCUACUGUGGCUGGAAACAGGAUUGUAAAUAUCUCCUACUGUAUGUACCAAAAUAAAAAGAAAACAUCUGCAUUUUGGGGUGGAAGGGACACAGGAGCUGCUGAUCUACUGCGUGGGUGAGUGGGUAAAUCCAAACUAAGGAUGACAAACUCACCAUAUGACCAAAGUCACUGUAUAACACAUUUGAAAUUACUGAUGGAGGCAGCAGUGUUUUUCUUUGUGUCCCCGAUGGCAGGCAUGUUUUCAGUGAGGGCAAUUGUCCAUUUCUCACGCUAGUCCUCCAAUGAUGACAAAAAAAAACUAAACUGAACUUCCCUGUAAGAUGAUGAUGAGAUACGAAACCACAACGGUUGUUAAGCCUGCAUGAUUAUGUUGAUAUUUUAGUUUGUUGCAUGUUGUUCUCAGAUAAUGCACAUGUGCUGCAUCUGUGUGAUGUUUCCGUGACAUGAUCUAGAAUUUAAAUCAUAUUUGUCAUUCAACUGUAGAUACAGUCUGUGUGUAGCUGGCAACAGUGUAAAGUAUCCAGGGUAGAAAAAUACUGCAUGGGUGGAUUUUGUAUUACCAUGACACCUUGUUGUUGUCUGUGCAAAACCUUAUAUAAUGUGUACCAUUGUAAAAAUAUGUUAGUACCCAUUUUCUGCUAAUAAAUUCCCCCAUACCAGUCUCCAAAUUAUGGUCUGGGUGCAUAUAAAUGUGUUUGGAGAGAGGGGGGAGAAGGUGGAUGUCACCCACCUGCCUCCAACUGCACGUCAGCUUCGUCAGGUCUAUGUUUUGUACGAUCAGUGACUUUGCAAGUCCAAAUUGAUCAAAUUAAAAUACAGUUGUACAACAUUCUUAGGGGACUCAGUGUGAGUGUAUGCUCAUUUGAAAGCAGCCGUGCUGUGAAAUUAAUCGAUUGCAGUCGUUUGCUCCAGAGCUGCUGCAACAGGAAGUGUGCAGUUUGCUGAAGAGAUGACUUCAGCGUAAAAGGAAGUUUGUUGGUUAAAAGGAAAUAGGUGUGGUUUAUGCCCUUAUGACGUAUAGUAGAAGUAGCAGGAACCACCCCAAUGCAUUGUGAUCAAUAAUCAUCUCCUGGAACGUAUUGUGAAUAAUAAAAAAGAACCAGGAAAGCGCUUUUUAAAGCGUUUCAUCAGCUGAACUAGACAAAAUUUGCAGAUCUAUUUACUGAUUCUUCGCAAUAUGAGCUCAAAUGACCAGGAAGCAUCGUGGAUGCAUUAUGAGACCAGAAUUCUGUCACUUCAAUAAACAAGAGCAUAAAGAGGAA